UUCACGCCAAGAGGAAUAUUUGAAGGAUUUUUCUUAUUACAUUGCUACUAUAGCCCAUUUUACAAAUUUAUUUUUGUAGCUAAGUUUCACGAAAAGAAUAUGCUUCUUGCAAAAUGCACAUAUUUUACUCUUACGAACAAUUAAUAGCCAUAUUGGAUAGCAUUCAACCUUACAAGGCAAUGUCGAGUUCUCUUAGCCAAUUCAAGAAAAAGCAAAAUCUACCCAUUGAAACCACAUUUAAGCUUCCUGCUGAUAUACCAGUUUGGCCACCAGGUGGUGGAUUUGCAACCGGCAUCAUAGACCUUGGUGGUGGGUUGCUAGUGUCACAAAUUUCAACAUUCAACAAGGUUUGGACUACCUAUGAAGGUGGACCAAAUAAUCUAGGGGCCACUUUUUUUGAACCAACAGGUCUAUCUGAAGGGUUCUUUAUGCUGGGAUGUUACUGCCAACCCAACAACAAGCCUCUUCAUGGUUGUGUUCUUGUGGGGAAAGAUAACUCUUCAACCUCUAAUGGAGCUUUAGCCGAACCAGUUGAUUACAAAUUGGUAUGGAACACCAAGUCUCAAAAAAUAAAGCAAGACGGACAUGGCUACAUUUGGUUACCAAUAUCCCCUGAUGGCUAUAAUCCUGUUGGCCAUGUUGUCACCACCUCACCAGAGAAGCCUUCCCUUGACAAAAUCAGGUGUGUUAGAUCAGACCUAACUGAUGAAUCCACAACAUGCCAUUCAAUGAAGCUUUGGAGAACAGAAAACAAGAGGUUCAAUGUGUAUGAUGUUAGGCCAAUCAAGAGAGGCAUUGAAGCUCAAGGGGUUAGUGUAGGAACCUUCCUAGCUCAAAGUGGAGGAGGGACAAAUUCCAAAGCUUUUCCUAUUUUUUGUUUGAAAAAUACCAAGGGUAGCUUUUCUUACAUGCCCAAUUUAUCCCAAAUUAAGGCAAUGAUCAAGGCUUAUUCUCCAUACAUGUACUUGCAUCCUAUGGAAGAGUACCUCCCUUCCUCUGUGGAUUGGUUUUUCACCAAUGGGGCAGUACUAAUUGAGAAAAGAAAGGGUGUCAUAAGGGAGAGUUCAAUAGAACCAAAUGGUACUAACCUUCCACAAGGCAGUUCCAAUGAUUAUGAUGAUGCUACCUAUUGGUUGGACCUGCCUUUGGAUGAAACCAAGAGAGUUAGUGUCAAGAAAGGAGAUUUGGCAAGUUCACAAGCUUAUGUUCAUGUUAAACCAAUGCUUGGUGGAACUUUCACUGACAUUGUCAUGUGGGUUUUCUACCCAUUUAAUGGGGGUGCAAGGGCAAAAGUGGCAUGCACUAACAUUCCACUAAGGACCAAAGGGGAACAUGUGGGAGAUUGGGAGCAUUUGACAUUAAGGAUAAGCAACUUCAAUGGAGAAUUAUGGAAGGUUUAUUUCUCACAACAUAGUAAGGGUCAAUGGGAGGAUGCAUCUGAGCUUGAGUUCCAAAAUGGUAAUAGACCUGUGGCUUAUUCUUCAUUGCAUGGCCAUGCCUUGUUCCCAAAACCUGGCCUAGUUAUGCAAGGGAUGAGAGGGUUAGGUGUAAGGAAUGAUGCAGCAAAAAGUGAUGCAGUCAUGGAUAUGGCAACUUGGUUUGAAAUUGUUGCUGCUGAAUAUUUGGGGUCACAAAUUAGAGAGCCCCCACGGUUAAAUUUUUGCAUGAAUUGGGGUCCAAAGGAAGGGCCCAAGGGUCCAAAGCAGAAGGAUAUGUGGAAAGGAGAUGAACGGUAAGUAGUAAACUUAUUACAUGGGUGUGCAUCCUUUCUUUAGUAAUGCUAUUCUUGCACUCAUUUUCUACAUUUAUGUUCUCCACUUUUCUUUUAUACAUGUAUAUAAAACGAAAGAGAGAAAGUUUCUCAAUUCUUUUUAUGUAAAAAAAAGAGUGUUAAGUGUGUAUAAGAAUGUUGGAAUAAUAUUCUUGUUUCUUAUAAUGAUAUCAAUGUUCUGCCUAUAUAUCGAAACAACUUACCAUAUUAUAGAGGUGCAAAUGACUUAAAGUUUGCUAUAAGGGAGUUGAGCUAACAGUACUUGCACCAUCCCACCAACUCAAGCAGCAUAUCCCAUCACUGAGUUACACGUUUUGUGUAUAAAAGUUGCACAUGCAACAUUUCCAAUGUACACUCGCAAAACAUAUCUAAACUAUUGCAAAGAUCACCAACUCCUAUUGAUCCUACUGAAGUUCUUGCAUUCUACCAUGGCUACUUGCUGUUGUUCAAUAGUGAGUUUUUCAUUUAUGGUUCUACCGUUAUUGUCAGCUAGCAGUGACCAGUGACAACUUCUCAAACCUGAGUUGCCACCUCUGCCAUAAGUCCAUGAAUUACCAAAGCAAGAGUUGCCUAAAAUCUCCGAAUUCCCAAAACCAGAGCUCCCUAAGGUCCCUGAGUUGCCUAAAGUACUUGAGAUGUGUAAGGUCCCUAAAUUCCCUAAAGUUCCUGAAGUUCCUAAAGUAUUUCCAUCCACCAAUCCUUGAG